AUGGAUGUGGAUCUGAUUAAAGUCGUCAACCGUCUGCAGGAGACGUUUACGACCAUUGGUGGUCAUAGCGUCGACUUGCCACAGGUUGUUGUGGUGGGCUCGCAGUCCUCAGGCAAGUCCAGUGUUCUUGAGACGAUCGUAGGUCGUGAUUUUCUCCCGCGUGGUAGCGGUAUUGUUACGCGGCGUCCGCUUGUUUUGCAGCUCAUUCACCUGCCUGAAUCAGAGGCCCCCAUUGGAGGUCCCGAAGAGUAUGGCGAGUUUUUGCACUUGGAUCGCCGUUUCACGGACUUUAACCAAAUCCGUCAAGAGAUUGAGAAUGAGACGUUCCGUGUGGCGGGUCAAAACAAGGGCAUUUCGAAGCAGCCGAUCCAUUUGAAAAUCUACAGCCCCCAUGUCAUCAACCUGACGCUGGUGGAUCUUCCUGGUCUGACCAAGAUUCCUGUGGGCGAUCAACCAUCUGACAUUGAACGUCAGAUCCGGUCGCUUGUCACUGACUAUAUCUCCAAGCCCAACUGUAUUAUUAUGGCAGUGAGCCCCGCCAAUGUAGAUUUGGCUAACUCGGACAGUCUCAAGUUGGCUCGCACGGUAGAUCCGCAGGGCCGCCGCACGAUCGGUGUGCUGACCAAACUUGACCUGAUGGAUCAGGGCACGAAUGCCAUGGAAAUCUUGUCGGGACGCAUCUACCCCUUGCGUUUGGGCUUCAUUGGUGUGGUGAACCGAUCGCAGCAGGAUAUCAACAACAAUGUGCCGAUGCUCGAUGCACGUCGCGCUGAAGAAGAGUUCUUCCGCACGCAUCUGGCCUACCGCAAUAUUGCGCACAAGUGUGGCACGCAGUACCUCGCUAAGACGCUCAACCAGGUGCUCAUGUCGCACAUUCGCGACCGCCUGCCAGACAUGAAAGCGCGUCUCAACACAUUGAUGGGCCAAGCUCAGCAGGAGCUGCUCUCCUUUGGCGACACUGCAUUCAUGGGUGACCAGCACCGUGGCACGCUGAUCCUUAAAAUGAUGACGCAAUUUGCUAAAGACUUUGUUGCAUCGAUUGAUGGCACGUCGUUUGAUAUCUCCACAAAGGAACUGUGUGGUGGUGCUCGUGUGUACUACAUUUUCCAGGAUGUGUUUGGCCAGGCCCUGAACUCGAUCAACCCUACGCAAAACCUUACUGUGCAGGAUAUCCGCACGGCCAUUCGCAACUCCACCGGCCCGCGGCCUAGCCUCUUUGUGCCAGAAGCGGCGUUUGAGCUUCUUAUCAAGCCCCAGAUCAAGCUGCUUCUGCCACCGAGUCUGCGCUGUGUUGAGCUUGUAUACGAAGAGCUGAUGAAGAUCUGUCACAACUGCACCAGCCCUGAACUGCAGCGCUUCCCCCGCCUGCAUGCUCAGCUCAUUGAAGUGGUCUCGGAUUUGCUGCGUGAGCGAUUGGGCCCCACGUCAGAGUAUGUGCAGAGCCUGAUUGAGAUUCAGUCCGCAUACAUCAACACCAACCAUCCGGCCUUUGUGCAAGACUCGGCCAACAUUGCGAUGCGCAUGCGUGAUGAGAAGCACCGCAAGCCGAUCCCGCCUGCUGUCGUGCAGCGUGAGUACUCACUGGACUCCGACAUUAGCGGCCCACCAUCGGACGACGAGGACGAAAAGGACUCGACCGCCGGCCCCGUCGCAGUGAAGGGCUCGGGCAUCAAGCAGAAUCUGCAACAAGCUCGCUCGUCGCGGGAGACCAAGUCCGCGCCCUCGUCCGCGGUGGACGAUGCGCCACUGGGCUCGACACCUCGCUCGGCUGGCCCCACGUCGGCAAACCACCAGCGUGAAUCGUUCCUGAACUACUUCUUUGGUGGUGCCUCGAUGGCCAACGAAAACGCUGGUAGUGCAGGUCUUUCCAUGGGCUCGCGCAUGGCGGAGCCGAAGCCCAAUAUCCUCACUGGACGCCUGGGGCUGGAGGGCAACAGUGCCGCGUUCAAUAUGAAGAGUCUUGAUCAGCAUCUGAGUGCGGAACCUGUGCCCGAUGAGGCCUAUGAGCUCACGGAACGCGAGGCUAUGGAGACCAACCUGAUCCGACAGCUCAUCACAUCCUACUUCAACAUUGUGCGGCAGUCGAUCCAAGAUUUGGUUCCGAAAGCCGUUAUGCACCUGCUCGUGAACUUCUCGCGCGACUCGGUGCAGAACCGACUCGUGAUCAACUUGUACAAGGAAUCACUCUUUGCCGAUCUUUUGCACGAAGACGAGGCGCUGACCAAGGAGCGCGAGCGUGUUCAGGCUUUGUUGCAUGCAUACAAGGAAGGCUUCAAUGUGCUUUCUGAGAUUACCUUUAAGCCAUCGAGCGCAUAG